AUGUUCUUCGAGGAAUUGUCUUUUGCAGCCUCCGUCAGCAUUGCCUUCGGCGCUUUAGCUGUUGGUCUUCUGGUUCGCUGUAUCUACGAUCUUUUCUUUCACCCACUGCGAAAAUUCCCGGGCCCUAAACUGGCCGCUAUCGGAUCAUUCUACGAGUUCUACUACGAUGUUAUCAAAGAUGGCACCUACCUGUGGGAGAUUGAGAAGAUGCAUCGAACAUACGGCCCGGUUGUCCGCAUCAAUUCCAGAUCUCUCCAUAUCCAUGACCCUGACUACUUUAACAUGAUCUACGCCGGAGGCGGCCGCAAGAUCAACAAGGAAGCGUCGGCCGUCGCUGGGUACACCUUUCCACAUUCCACCAUCGCCACAUUGGACCAUGACCUGCACCGCAAACGCCGUGCCAUCGUGAGCCCGUACUUUUCCAAACGGGCGAUCACGGGCAUUGAACCGCUCAUCAAUGAGCGGCUCAAUGUGCUCUGCGCUCGUCUGAGGGAAACGAUGGCCCGAGGAGUGACCGUCGACUUGACCUCGGCCUUUUCCGCCUUCACAGCCGAUGUGGUGACAUACCACUUCUAUGGAUCGCAUCCAGACUAUUUGGGGAGCCUGGACUUCAAAUAUGACCUCAAAGACGCUCUAACCGCCUUACUUGACUUCUACCACAUCACCCGUUUUCUCCCCAUUCCCCCCACGACUAUCAAGAACCUCCCACUUCCUAUCCUGGGCUUGCUCAAUCGCAACUUCCCGCUGGUAUUUGCCGCACGGAAUAAAAACAAGAGAAUGCUGAUGAGCUUCCUCAACGGCCCGAAUGCCAAGAAGCUGGCUGAGACGGAUUCCCGGUCCAAGUCAGUCAUUGUCCGCGCGUUGACAGAUCCUAGCGUGCCUCUCGAGGAGAAAUCGUUGGAUAGGUUGUUGGAUGAGGGAGAAACCAUCAUCUUCGCAGGCAUUGACACCACCGCCAGAACGCUCGCUAUUGCCAUGUUUCACCUGCUGAACGACAAGCGGCUGCAGCAGAGGCUUCGGCAAGAACUGGACUCCGUGGGCAAGCCCGCCGAGCAGGAUUGGACCACUGCAGAGCUCGAAGCUCUUCCUUAUAUGAGAGGAGUGGUCCAUGAGGCGCUCCGACUCUCCUACGGACUGGUCGUACGUAUUCCAAGAAUUUCCACAGAAGAGGUGCUGCAGUACAAGGAUUACAGCAUCCCACCGGGAACCCCUGUCAGCCAAUCUACGUAUCUGGUCAACAACGACCCGACGAUAUUCCCGAAUCCGCACGUCUUCGACCCGGAACGCUGGAUCAGGGCCGCGCAGGAUGGCGUCAACCUGGAAAAGUACAUGGUCAGUUUCUCCAAGGGCAGUAGAGGCUGUCUCGGUAUCAACCUUGCCUAUGCUAAACUCUAUCUUGGGAUUGCGAAUGUGGCGACACGCCUGGACAUGGACCUUGUCGAGACGAAACAGCAGGAUAUCGAAGUGUACCACACGCGUGGGUUUGCAUUUCCCAAGGAAGGAUCCGGCUCUGUCAAGGCCAAGGUCACGGGUAGUAUUGUCAGCCUGCCACCUACCCUAGCCAUGCUCAACUCAAUCCUUAUCGCUCUGGACGCGUGCGAGAGCUCGACAACGACUACCAUCAUCCUUACAAUCCUCGUCCUCCUCGGCACAGUCAUCAUCUACCCAGUGCUCUUCAGAUUCCGAUACCCCGCCAACCUCCCUCGCGCAGGCGAACCGCCCGGCAAACGCAGCUUCAGCUGGCGCACACGCUGGCGCUACUACACAGACUGCGAGGAGUUAUACAAGGAAACCUAUGAGACCUACACCAAGCACGGCCGCACGGCCCUACUCCCCGGCCUCGGCUUCCGCCACGAGAUCAUCCUCCCGCAGAGCGCGAUGAAAUGGGUUCUUGCGCGGCCGGAAGCCGAGCUGAGCCAUGUGGAUGCCGUGCUGGAAGUCGUGCAGCUGGCGUAUGCGCUGGGCGAUGCCAAGUACAAGGCCGAUCCGUGGCCGUGCAUGUUGGUCAAGGCGGACAUCAACGCCAAGCUGGAGGCCGUGGGCGCGGUGCUGGACGAGGAGCUGCGUGGUGCGUUUGAUCGGUAUUUCGGGACGGAUGGCGAGGGCUGGCGCGAGGUUGAUCUGCUCCCGACGGUCCGGAUGGUGGUUGCUCAGGCGGCGAGUCGGUUUACGGUUGGGUUACCGCUGUGUCGUGAUGAGGAGUAUCUUCGGGACUGCUGGAAGGUGGUGGAUGGGAUGGUCAUGAACGGGGGACUGACGGGAGCCCUGCCGCGGGCCCUGCGUCCGAUCCUAGGCCCCGCGGUGACCUGGAAGCUCCGCCAGGAUAUACAGCGCAUCAGGCAGCAUUUUGCGCCGCUGUAUCACCAACGGCUGAGCAUGUUAGAUGAGGGCGAUCAGCAAGACAAACCGCAGGAUCUGCUGCAGAAAAUGCUUGAAUUCGCGCGCAACGAACGCCCCGACGAGCUGCGCGAUCUCGACAGCAUGACCAGGCGGCUUUGUUUCGCCAACUUUGCAGCCGUCCACCAGACCAGCCUCCUUGUGACAAACAUCCUCCUAAACGUCCUUGAUUCGGACCACGACUUCGACACCGUCGCUGCCCUCCGCGACGAAGUCCACCGGAUCAUCGGGCCAGACGGCACUGGGCAAUGGACGAAAUCUAACGUGGCACGCAUGUUCAAAGCGGAUAGCAUUGCCCGCGAGACUCUGCGUCUGCACUCAAACACGAACCGAGGCGUAUUCCGCAAGGUGCUGGUCGACGGGCUCACUACCGAAGACGGGAUCAAGCUUCCCCGGAAUUCGUACGUGUCCUUCCUAGCGCGUCCGCUCCAGUGCGACCCGGAAAAGUUCGAGAGUCCCUUGCGAUUCGACCCGUUCCGGUUCUCGCGUCUGCGCGAAACAGCGUCCGUGGAAGCCGGCACGGAGAAGCCAAGAGGCAGUAAUCUCAGCUUUGUCUCGACCUCGCCAGAACACCUGCCCUUUGGACAUGGGAACCAUUCGUGUCCGGGGCGGUUUCUGGUGGACUUUGAGGUCAAGAUGAUCCUGGCGUAUGUUCUGAACAACUAUGAGAUUCAGUUCCCGGCCGAUUAUGGAGGCAGGAGGCCGGCGAGUAAGUGGGUGGCUGAGGCGUUGGCGCCACCGGCUGCAAGAAUCAGAGUGAGACGACGGGCUGGCGUUUAA